AUUUCACUCGCUGGCAUAUUCUCCCUCCGGUUCUCGAAUUCUUUUCUGAUUCUCUCUUUUUCUUAAUUUGUUUUGCGUAAUUCUUAAUUUCUGCAAAUCUCUCAGAUUCCCUUCCCAACAAAAGCCGGUUUCUCAUAACCCCUACGUCUCAGACCCAUUUCAUUGGUCGAUUAAUUAGUAUAUGUUAAAACUGUCAAACAAGAGCAUUUGAGGUUUCAAUUGAAAGUCAAAGCCCUACUUGGAUCCUCGGCAUCAAUUGAGAUUUCACCGAAUACCCAUCACGUAAUUUUCAACUGGUAAGCAAAUCUUGGACCUCUCUAUCGAUCUUCACAUUUGGGCAUCCUCAAGUUCUACUUGUAUCUUAGAGAAGAAUUAUGAAUUCUCGAGGAGAUGGGUUUUUCCCGGACGAAGUUAUUCUUCAAAUUCUUGCAAGACUGCCUGUGAAGUCCUUGUUUAUGUGUAAAACCGUGUGUAAACUUUGGUACAGAUUGUCUGAGGACAAGUAUUUUGUUCAGCUCUAUAAUGAAUUGUCUGUUAAGAACUUGAUGGUAUUGGUUGAGGUUUCAGAGGCAUCAGACUUGAAAUCUCGUUUGAUUUGUGUUGAUAAUCUCAGUGGUGUUUCUGAAUUUUCGUUGGAUUUCUUGAAAGAUAGAGUCAAGGUUAGAGCCUCUUGUAAUGGCUUGUUGUGUUGCUCUAGUAUUCCUGAUAAGGGUGUAUACUAUGUCUGCAAUCCGAUGACUAGGGAGUUUAGGUUGCUUCCUAGGAGUAGAGAGAGGCCAGUGACAAGGUUUUACCCUGAUGGUGAGGCAACUCUGGUUGGUUUGGCAUGUUGUUCAUCGAGUCAGAAGUUUAAUGUUGUGUUAGCAGGUUAUCACCGCUCUUUUGGUCAUAGGUCGGAUGGAACUUUUAUAUGUUUGGUUUUUGAUUCAGAGUUCAACAGAUGGAGGAAGUUUGUGUCUUUUCAAGAUGACCAUUUUACACAUAUGAAACGGAAUCAAGUCGUGUUUGUUAACGGCUCUUUGCAUUGGUUGACGGGUAGUUCGUGUAUUCUUGUGCUUGAUUUACAUUGUGACAUAUGGAGGAAGAUGUCAUUGCCGGGUGAAGUGAGCUAUGGGUCUGGGAAUAGAAUUUAUUUGUUGGAAUCCGAUGGUUGCUUGUCCGUGAUUCAGAUAUCAGAUGCUUGGUUGAAUAUUUGGGUAUUGAAAGACUAUGAGAGGGAAGAAUGGCAUUUGGCAGAUAGGGUGAGUCUUAGAUGUGUCAGAGGACUUGUGCCUGGCAUUUUCCCGAUAAGUCAGACUGGUGAAUAUGUUUUCCUAGCAACUCAUAAGCAGGUAUUGGUUUAUCAGCGGAAGAAACGAGUGUGGAAAGUGAUGUAUUCUGUGAAUAACAGCACUGCACUCCCAUUGUGGUUCUCAGCACAUGCAUUUCGAAGCACAAUAUUCUCUUGUCAUUAAGGUGUGGACUACAUCUGCUGAACUUCUGUUCAUGAAAUUCUUAUUGCAAGCACCAAUUGGCUAAUUUUAUUUGUCAUAAUUGGAUGAUAUGGCUUAUUCACCGUAAGCUUUUCAGUUUUAGCUGUUGGCUUUGGCUUGGAUUUCCUCACUUUUGCAACGGAUGACAGUGAGGCAGUUUUCUUCUUGGAUUUAUGAAUUAAAUUUUCUUUAUUGCUCAGCUUGAAAGAGAAAUAAAAGAUGCUCUUUGUGAAAGUUGAUCAUUACCUCUCGUUGUGCAUAUAUUCAUGGCUCGUUUUCGUAAGUAAUGUUCCUUGCUCAAAUUACUCAAAGCUAUCUCAGUUCACCUUCACUUGAUAAGCUAUUACUCCAGCACGUUCCCAUGUAUAGUUCAAUGCUGCUAGGGCUCAAUGUUUAUUUAGUCUGUUUCUCAUGGCUUUCAUGAAACAUCAAGAUCCUAAGUUCACAUCUCAAGGCUUUGAUUCUCUCAUUGGUAACUUUAAGAUGAUUUUGUGAUUGAUCUCUUUUGCAUAAAGCAAGUGUAUGUAAUGUCAUCUCUUUUGCA